CCUCCCUUCCCUCCUCUGCCUCCCCUGCCUCCCCGCCCCCUCCCCCUCUGAGCAGGCCGUUUGUCAUUAUUAUUCCAUUAUUACCUCAACCUGCUGCCAGUCUGCCCACUCAAGGCGCGGCGACAGGAGCGUGGCGGAGGGCGCGAGGCGGACACUCCCCUGGGUCGCGGUGACGCUGUGACUGUGAGCACGUGGCGGAGACUGGCAGUGAGCGACGCCCCGCGGGAGUGUGUCAGUGCCGCGGUGCCGGGGACGCUCCACGCUCGCCAGGACAGUUCAGGUGGUGACCGGGGCACGUAAGGAGCUUCAGAGGGCGUGGGUGCAGGAGUGGAGGGCGUGGCAGUGCCGGGCGUGGCGUGGCAUCCUCCAGGCGACGGUGCAGGGCGCUGGUGGUGAAGGUGCUCAUGACAAACAUGGAAGGAGGAGGGGGCGCAUCUCCCGCCCCCUCACCCACCCCGCAGGACCAGCCCACAGACCUGAGGGUGAGCCGCACUGAGAAGCCUCACCAGCACCUCACCAGACCAGUGCCCCUCAAGCAGUCCUCCCCGCCCCCGUUCACCGCCCUGCCCCUGGGCCUGCAGCAGCUGGUGCGCGCCCCUUCCUCCUUCAUGAUCGGCGACAUCCUACGUCAGAAGGCGCAGGAGGUGGCCGCCCCGCGUCACCACCACGAUGACGACGGCGACGACGAUGAUGACGACGAGAGCGGAAGCCAGCACGUCCUCUCGCGGCAAGGGUCACCAGUGUCGCCCGCUGAGGACGGCGAGGAGGAGGCGGGCUCCGGGCCGCCGCCGUGCAAGAAGCAGCGAAAGGCGCGCACGGCCUUCACCGACCACCAGCUGCAGACGCUGGAGAAGAGCUUCGAGCGGCAGAAGUACCUGAGUGUGCAGGACCGCAUGGAGCUGGCGGCCAAGCUCAACCUGACCGACACGCAGGUCAAGACCUGGUACCAGAACAGACGGACAAAGUGGAAGCGACAGACAGCGGUGGGCCUUGAGCUUCUGACAGAGGCCGGGAACUACGCAGCCCUGCAAAGACUCUACACACACCCUUACUGGCCCUCGUCGCCCGCCCUGGCCCACCUCAUGCCGUCCCUCCCUGCAGGCCUCGAGGCGUACUACAGACAGGCAGUAGCAGCCCUCAGCCAGCGCCCCCCAGCCCCGCCAAGACCCUUCCUUCCUUCAGCCCUCUCCCAGACCUCCCCACUGUCAUCUCUCCCUCAGCCACUGUCCUCUCUCUCCCCAGCACACCUUUCCUCCCUGUCCUCCCAGUACUACUCCUCCCUCACCUCUCUGUCCUCGGCAAGUCCUCGUGGUGCUGUGUCGCCCCCCGCCCCGCCCACCUCACCGACACAGUCUUCCGCCCACACACCGCCCACCCCGCCCUCGCCGCCCGCACACGCUGACCCGAAGCAAGAGUCGUGAAGGGAGAAGGUCGUUUGUGAGUCGUGGUUACAGGUGACUCUAUAAUGCUGUCUGACUCCCUACAGUGGUGCUCUUUGUGACUGGCGGUGCUCGAGUGACUGACGCGCUUCUCAGGAAAGUUGAAGUGGUCUGAGUGACUAUAAGGGGAAAGUGAGUGUUUUUCCUUCCCGCCCGCCUGGAAAGUGACUCCUGGAAAGUGUUAUGCGCGGUGUUUACUUAGAAAUCAAAGACACGCACGUACACUUACACGAACAAGGAUUUUUUUUUCAAGUGACUGAAAAGUGACGAAAAGAAAUGAAUGUAGCGAAUUUAUUAAUAUUUUGCAACGCGAAGGAACGCACACACACACUUACACGAACAAGGAUUUUUUUUUCUAAAGUGACUGAAAAAUGACGAGAAAACAAAACAAAACAAAACAAUAAUAUACCGACCUUAUUAUUUUGAAACACUAAGGAACACAAAGGGAGGCAGAAACAGCAGCAGACUUCUUGCCCCCUUACGAAAAAAGAAAGACAAUAACCGUAGCGCCCUUAUAACUUGCUACACAACGCAUGAAGGAGCAAAAGGAAGGGCAAACAGCAGCAGACUUCUUGCCCCCUAACGAGAUAGAAAAACAUUGACCGUAUUGACCUUAAAACUCGCAACACAACGCAUGAAGGAGCACAAAGGAAAGGGACAAACAGCAGCAGACGUGUUGGCCCUUACGAGGCUGUUUUGUGAUAAGCUGCACUGUUUAAGUUACUGUAGGAGACGCAGGAUAGUAAAAACGAAGGCUUCUCCCCACCAAAACAGAAGUAACGUGAUGUGUGUGUGUGUGUGUGUGUGUGUGUGUGUGUGUGUGUGUGUGUGUGUGUGUGUGUGUGUGUGUGUGUGUGUGUGUGUGUGUGUGUGUGUGUGUGUGUGUGUGAGAUGAUGCAAGUACUUAAUUAUAACAGCAUUGUCGAUACUUUAACACUUUACAGAGCACAAGGAGUACCUAACCUACAUACCUAAGCUUACCUGGGAGCGUGACAGUAAUUACCUCCCACGGACAGGUGAGUGCAAGGUGUUUCUUCGCAAAGGAGAGGCAAAAAAAAAAGAAAGAAAAGCAAAUAAAAAAAAUGAAUAAAAAAUAAACAAUAUAUAUAUAAAAAAAAAUCUCCUUUAUUGAGUUAUUAUUUAUCGUAGUGUAGAGAGAGAGAGAGAGAGAGAGAGAGAGAGAGAGAGAGAGAGAGAGAGAGAGAGAGAGAGAGAGAGAGAGAGAGAGAGAGAGAGAGAGAGAGAGAGAGAACACGAAAAUAAAAAAUAUACUGUACAUAGAUAUUUGAGUGUUAGGUGCGCGCUAAGAAACAAGAGUAGCAACCUAGAGUCAGUAAUAGGAGAGAAAAUAAUCACUAUGCAUGGACAGGUGAAAUGCAGGUGUGUGAGUCUAAUUAAUGGCUGAGACUCGCGUUGCACCUGUCGGCCACACUCACGUCAAGUAGAUAGGCAGAGGUUAUGUAGCUGCAUUAGAGAGAGAGAGAGAGAGAGAGAGAGAGAGAGAGAGAGAGAGAGAGAGAGAGAGAGAGAGAGAGAGAGAGAGAGAGAGAGAGAGAGAGAGAGAGAGAGAGAGAGAGAGAGAGAGAGAGAGAGAGAGAGAGAGAGAGAUUCACCUUGUAUAUAUCAUGAAAUACUUACAAUAAAACACACCUACAAGUUAUGUAUACAAAAAA